GAAUUCCGGAAGAGGAAAGCUCCAACAAAUAUUCAAACAAAGUUGACAAACCAGAGAAUGACAUCUCUCUCUCUACACAUUAUUUCCAACUAAUCGUUGUCACAUUUCAAGCUCCACCACCAAAGCCUCGGCGAUUCUCCAACUUUCUUCCCAAACACUUAUUUGAAUCCUUACAGUUUGCAGCUCUGCUAAGGGGAUGGGUUUUCAGUGAGAGAAGGGGUUUCAUUACCAAGCUCUGGUGAAAAAUCUGCAGAAAAGGGGGGUUUUUGCUGCGUAACGAUUUAUGGCUAUUUCCUCAUUUUUAUGCUGUGUUAAGGGUUCAGAUCGGAAAAAACAAGUGAAGAAGGAGACAACAUGGAGGAUUUUUUCUCUGAAAGAGUUGCAAUUGGCUACAAACAACUUUAACUAUGAUAACAAGCUCGGAGAAGGUGGAUUUGGCAGUGUUUACUGGGGUCAGCUCUGGGAUGGUUCUCAAAUUGCUGUGAAAAGGUUGAAGUCUUGGAGUAACAAGGCAGAGGUUGAGUUUUCUGUUGAAGUUGAGAUACUUGCUCGUGUGCGGCACAAAAAUUUGCUCACUUUGCGCGGCUAUUGUGCUGAAGGGCAAGAGCGUCUGAUUGUCUAUGACUACAUGACCAAUCUGAGCUUACUGUCGCAUCUUCAUGGGCAACACUCUGCAGAAAGUCAUCUCGACUGGACAAGGCGGAUGUGCAUUGCUCUCGGUGCUGCUGAGGGCAUCGUCUAUCUACACCAUCAUGCAACUCCGCACAUAAUCCACCGAGACAUCAAAGCCAACAACGUGCUCCUAGAUUCUGACUUCAAAGCUCAAGUUGCUGAUUUUGGAUUCGCAAAGUUCAUUCCUGAUGGUGCAACGCACGUGACCACAAGAGUCAAGGGUACUCUCGGCUACCUUGCCCCAGAGUACGCAAUGUUAGGUAAGGCAUCCGAGAGCUGUGAUGUUUACAGUUUCGGCAUCCUCUUGCUCGAGCUUGCUAGUGGGAAGAAGCCACUGGAGAAGCUCAGUUCAACGAUGAAACGCCCGAUCACAGACUGGGCUCUGCCUCUGGCUUGCGAACGGAAGUUCAGCGAACUUGCAGACGCAAGGCUUGAUGGGGUGUACAACGAAGAAGAGCUGAAGAGACUCGUCUUUAUCGGACUGAUCUGUGCGCAUAAUCAGCCGGAGAAGAGACCGACAAUGCUCGAGGUGGUGGAGCUGAUUAAAGGAGACAAGGAGAAGUUCGCUGCAUUAGAAAGUGAUGAAAUGUUCAAGAGCCCUCCUGCUGCAGAAGACAGUUGUGAAUCUGUCUCAGAUGAGGAGCAGAAACAUGAAAUCGAAAAUGUUUGAGCGUUGGAGAUUGAGUUUGAUUUGUAAAGAAUUGUUUUUUAUUCUUUUUGCCUCAUUUUUUUUAGAACUGUGGAUUGAAAGUUUGAAACAUAAGCCUGUAAGCUGAAAUUUAGUCAAGCCGUGACCUAUUUUCUACUAGUAAAGUGGUAUUUUGUUGGCUGUUGA